UAUACAUUUUCAGGUUAUUCAACAAAAAUGAGGUGUCUGGUUAUGUUGGCCUGGAUCCUGGUGGCUGUUCAAGCUGUACCAGUAAAAGAACAUACAGAAAAAAUCGAAUUAGUACCUGAGAAAUACGAAGAACAUGCAGUUGACAAAAUGCAACCAGUAGAAGAACACUCGGUUGAUGAAGAGCAACCAGUAGAGGAACAUUCGGUUGAUGAAGAGCAACCAGUAGAGGAACAUUCUGUUGACGAAGAACAACCAGCAUCAGACUCGAAAGAAGAGCGACAUACCGAAAAUAAAACAAUAAAACUAAAUAAAAAUAAGACAAUAAAACCUAACCGAGAUCCUGAACAAUCUGAUUCUGACACCGUGGGGUUCAUUGUUGUACUCAAAGAUGAAACUCACACUAAACCACGUGCAGAUUUUAAUCAUCAUCUACGACAGUUAAGGUACCGGCUUAGUGAUAUUAUUGAAAACUUGGAUUCAUUGAUAUUUGAAGAUAUGGAGGAAGAAUAUGAAGAUGAAAAAGAAAUCUACGAAAAGGAAUACGAGGAAAUGGAUUGA